AUGUCCAAAUCAAUCGUCAACAGAAACCCCUACCCCUUCGCCUUCACCACCGGCGGGCCCAUCACAACCUCCUCCUCCACUCCCACUGACCCCUCUUCUCCCUCCCCUACCCAUUCAACCUCUUCCCCCUCCGGCCCCAUAACCCUAACCCUGCCCAACACCCGCGGCGCCAUCCCCUCAAUAGCAGCAACCCGCCUCCGCGCCCUAAUCCACGAAGCCAGCGCCUCCCCCGACAAGAUCCUCGCCUUGGUCUGCAGCUACGACGGGCUCUCGUCGAAACUCUGCCUCGAAGCCGGAUUCCCCGCGCUGUUCCUCAAUGGCUACGCAAUGGCGGCGUCCAUGGGGCUGCCGGAUACGGGGUACAUUGCGUUUCAAGAGGUGGUGCAGCGUGUGCAGGAGGUAGUCCGUGUUGUCAAGGACGUGCCGAUUAUUGUAGAUGGGGAUACGGGGUAUGGCGGGCCGAUGAAUGUUAGGAGGUGUGUUGAGGGGUUCGCUCGCGCAGGCGCCGCAGGCGUCAUGAUCGAGGACCAGACGUGGCCGAAACGCUGCGGCCACACCCAAGGCAAAUCCGUCGUCUCGCUCCCAGAAGCCCUCGCCCGAUGGCGCGCGGCCGUCGACGCGCGCAACAAUGGGCUCGACAUCUGGAUCCUCGCGCGCACCGACAGCCUAAUCCACGGGUACGACGAAGCGCUCACACGCGCGCGCGCCGCAAUCGCGCUCGGCGUCGACUGCAUCUUCGUCGAGGCGCUCCCCGACCGCGCGACCAUGCGCCGCCUCGUCGCGGACCUCGACGGGUUCCCGCUCAUGGCGAAUCUCAUCGAGGGCGGGCGCACGGAGAUGCUGUCUGCGGCGGAUCUGGCGGGCUUGGGGUAUGCGCUUGUGACGUAUCCGUGGACGCUUGUUGCGGCGCGGUUGAGGAGUGUGCGGGAGGCGUUGGAGGGGAUCAAGGGGGGGUUUUUGGAUGGGAAGCCCGAGGUUAUUCUGGGGUAUGGGGAGGUUUGUGAGGGCGUGGGGUUUACCGAGUAUUAUGCGAUGGAGGAGAGGUAUACCUUUGAGGGGGCGGUUAAUGGGAGUAAGGGGUUUCGGUUUGAGGAGUAG